UCAACCGCAUCGUUCAUGAUCAAAGGAGGAACGAUUUCAUGCGAGAAGUCGAGUCUUUUUUAUUUUUCGCAAUUCAAAUUUCCACAUAAAAGAAGGUUUUUCUUGCAAGGAAAAUGGACGUAAACUCAACGACAAAACUUUGCCCAUGUUUAAAAAUUUCUCACAAUGAUGACUCCAGAAAUUUCGUAUUCACAGCUGACAUCAUCUGUGUCAUCAUCAACGCGUUUCUCUCAAUACCUUCAAUGAUCCUUAACUUACUUCUGAUUUUGAGCAUCAUCAAAACACCAAGCCUACGAAAACCAUCGUUCAUCUUGAUUUGUUGCCUCGCUGUUACAGAUUUCGGAGUUGGUCUUCUUAUUCAACCGUUAUUUAUCGCCAGAAAAAUCGCAUUUCUGUAUUCAAAUGUUGAAGUUUAUUGCUCUCUCUUGAAAGCAGGGAACGUGCUGUCUCAUAUCGUCUGCAGCCCGUCUUUUUUCGUCGUCACUGCUAUAAGUAUUGAUCGUUAUUUUGCGAUUCGUCUUCAAACAAGAUACAAGCAAGUUAUCACAAAUAGGAGAGUUUAUAAGUUUCUCAUCGGCUGCUUGAUGGGGGCGUGCUUGGUAACGACGGCAAGGUUCCACGCAACGAGACCAGAACAUAUGGGAUACGCUGCAGCACUCAUGUUUAUUCUUCUUGUUGUCAUAGUAUGCUGCUAUAUCAAGUCGUUAAACAAACUCAAAGCUCAUCACGUACAUAUACAUAACCUCCAUACACCAUCGCAACGGAUUAUCCAGACAAUUCUUCACAAGAAAACUCUGAAGACGCUUCUCAUUAUUACAUCCGUGCUGUUCAUUUGCUAUAUUCCAUUUGUGACUGUUGUAAUCGUCAUUUCAAAGUUUGGUAGGAAUCGAUCAUUGACUAUUGCUUGGGAAGGUACAGUUACUUUGGUUUAUGUUUACUCGUUUUUAAAUCCUGUAGUUCAUUUAUGUCGAUGUAAGCAGAUAAGACAAGCAUGUGUAGCUCUAAUGAGACGAAAUAAGGUUGGGGUUGCGAUGUUAGAGCCUAGUGUUUUGAGCUUUCAGUCAACACUGGAGAAGUACCGAUGGAAAAAGAAUGUGAAGAAAAGUGAAAACUGAGCAAGGAAGGUAAAAAAGUGAUUAUAACGAACGAACGGAUGUAUGAAUAAAUGAACGAACGAACGGACGAACGCAAGGAUUAAUGGAAGGAAGGAAAGAAAAAGAAAAAGGAAGA